AUGCCCAACGACGCAGAUAAUGACGCCAUGACGACCAGCGUGCGUCCGGAAAUCCAAGCUCACGAGUUUAGAAACGUGAAACUUCCACCUUUUUGGAAGGAGGAACCACGAUUGUGGUUCACCAUGUUGGAGAAAGAAUUCGCGGCAUAUAGUGUAAGAGCCGAUGCCGUAAAAAGCUCUGCCAUAAUUAGAAAUCUCGACGUGGCAACGAUGAAGAUAGUUUUGGACGUUAUCGAGGCCCCGCCUUUAAUCGAUCGUCUGGCAAAAUCGGACGAGGCAAAUUUAAGGAGGUUGCUGACCGGCAUGGAGCUCGGCAACAAAAAGCCGUCGGAAUUGUUGCGUGAAAUGACGCAGCUUGCGGGGAAAAGUGUUGGCGAAGACGCACUGCGUACAUUGUGGAUCCAGCGUCUUCCAGCAAGGGUACAGGACAUUCUGGCAGUAGUCGACGAUGCGCCAUUAGAUCGUCAGGCGAAAUUGGCCGACAAAGUGUCGGAACGCUCAGCAAUGGCGGGGGUGGCCGCCAUUUCUGACGACGCUUACACCCCACCCGAAACGAGAGACGCCAGGCCCAGAGUUCAAGAUGGCGAAGUGGCCGCCAUGGCCAGGCGGCUAUCCCGACUCGAGGCCCAACUGAGAGGACGCUGGCGUAACAACAGCCGAGGGCGUUUCCAGCGGAACAGGAGCAAUUCGCGAGGCAGAAAUAAUCCCAACGGUUUCUGUUAUUAUCACGGUAGAUUCGGUGCAGAAUCCACGAGGUGCAAGAAACCAUGCGCCUGGACAGGGCCGGAUAAACAACAGGGAAACUAG